UUAAUGAUUUCAAAUGCUUUCAAAGUCAAAAUUUUUUCACUGAGUCGGACGCAACAAUUUUUGUCUUCCUAAAAUGUCAAAUAAUCACAUAUUUCGUUAUGUUAUUUUCGGUCUAGGCCUUUUUUACACCUGUGCCACGUUUGAUAAGAACAAGGCAAGGUGUAAGGACUGCACGGGGUAUAAUAAGGAGCGUUGCCCCAUCGAAGGUGACUCAGGAUAUUACGUGGCAAUAUCAUCUAGAAAGCUUAAGAGUAUGAAAGACACCAGUAAAGGCAAUCCGUUAACAGAUGAUUUGGAUGUGUGCAUUCCUUCCAGCAUGAACGUUGAUGGUAUUGAGAUGUUGCCGGCGGGACUUUUCAAUAUAUCUGCAUCUGGUCAUCAGAACUUGGUUGUCAACUUAUACUUCCUGAGUCCGACUCGACAACGGACUGUUCAAUUUGCCGAGCGGAAAUAUCGGGAUCAGGGAAUCUCAACGCCAGCUAUCUUCGUUUAAUGAUUACGUCCUUUUUUGUGCAGCAGAUCAUUGCGCCAUUAGGCUUUAAUUGUAAGCCUUCACGGUCUUGAAAAAUAACUAACAAAACUUGGGGAAAAUAUUUGAAAUUUAAAAGUUUAAGUAAUGUUUAUUUGUUGUAAU